CCCUCCCCAUUCUCCCGCUUUCCAUCACCCCGCCCCAUUCUCUCGCUUUUCAUCACCCCACCCCAUUCUCCCGCUUUCCAUCACCCCGCCCCCUUCUCCCUCCUUCCAUCACCCCGCCCCAUUCUCCCUCCUUCCAUCACCCCGCCCCAUUCUCCCACUUUCUUUCAGCCCGCCCCAUUCUCCCGCUUUCCAUCACCCCGCCCCUUUCUCCCGCUUUGCAUCUCCCCGCCCCAUUCUCCCGCUUUCCAUCACCCCGCCCCAUUCUCCCGCUUUACAUUACCCCGCCCCAUUCUCCCACUUUCCAUGGCUCCGCCCCAUUCUCCCUCCUUCCAUCACCCCGCCUCAUUCUACCUCCUUCCAUCACCCCGCCCCAUGCUCCCGCUUUCCAUCACCCCGCCCCAUUCUCCCGCUUUUCAUCACCCCGCCCCAUUCUCCCGCUUUCCAUCACCCCGCCCCAUUCUCCCGCUUUCCAUCACCCCGCCCCAUUCUCCCUCCUUCCAUCACCCCGCCCCAUUCUCCCGCUUUCCAUCACCCCGCCCCAUGCUCCCGCUUUCCAUCACCCCGCCCCAUUCUCCCAUCACCCCGCCCCAUUCACCCGCUUUCCAUCACCCGCCCCAUUCUCCUGAUUUCCAUCACCCCGCCCCAUUCUCCCGCUUUCCAUCACCCCGCCCCAUUCUCCCGCUUUCCAUCACCCCGCCUCAUUCUCCCGCUUUCCAUCACCCAGCCCCAUUCUCCCACUUUCCAUCACCCCGCCCCAUUUUCCCGCUUUCUAUCACGCUGCCCCAUUCUCACGCUUUCCAUCACCCUGCCCCAAUCUCCCGCUUUCCAUCACCCCGCCCCAUUCUCCCUCCUUCCAUCACCCCGCCCCAUUCUCCCGCUUUCCAUCACCCCGCCCCAUUCUCCCGCUUUCCAUAACCCCGCCCCAUUCUCCCUCCUUCCAUCACCCGCCCCGUUCUCCCUCCUUCCAUCACCCCGCCCCUUUCUCCCUCCUUCCAUCACCCCGCCCUAUUCUCCCGCUUUCCAUCAGCCCACCCCAUUUUCCUGCUUUCCAUCACCCCGCCCCAUUCUCCCGCUUUCCAUCACCCCGCCCCAUUCUCCCGCUUUCCAUCACCCCGCCCCAUUCUCCCGCUUUCCAUCACCCUGCCCCAUUCUCCCGCUUUCCAUCACCCCGCCCCAUUCUCCCACUUUCCAUCACCCCGCCCCAUUCUCCCGCUUUCCAUCUCCCCGCCCCAUUCUCCCUCCUUCCAUCACCCCGCCUCAUUCUACCUCCUUCCAUCACCCCGCCUCAUGCUCCCGCUUUCCAUCACCCCGCCCCAUUCUCCCGCUUUCCAUCACCCCGCCCCAUUCUCCCUCCUUCCAUCACCCCGCCCCAUUCUGCCGCUUUCCAUCACUCCGCUCCAUUCUCCCGCUUUCCAUCACUGCGCCCCAUUCUCCCGCUUUCCAUCACCCCGCCCCAUUCUCCCGCUUUCCAUCACCCCGCCCCAUUCUCCCUCCUUCCAUCACCCCGCCCCAUUCUCCCGCUUUCCAUCACCCCGCCCCAUUCUCCCUCCUUCCAUCACCCCGCCCCAUUCUCCCGCUUUCCAUCACCCCGCGCUAUUCUCCCUCCUUCCAUCACCCUGCCCCAUUCUCCCGCUUUCCAUCACCCCGCCCCAUUCUCCCGCUUCCCAUAACCCCACCUCAUUCUCCCGCUUUCCAUCACCCCGCCACAUUCUCCCGCUUUCCAUCACCCCGCCCCAUUCUCCUUCCUUCCAUCACCCCGCCCCAUUCUCCCGCUUUCCAUCAGCCCGCCCCUUUCUCCCGCUUUCCAUCUCCCUGCCCCAUUCUCUCGCUUUCCAUCAUCCCGCCCCAUUCUCCCGCUUUCCAUCACCCCGCCCCAUUCUCCCGCUUCCCAUCAUCCCGCCCCAUUCCCCCGCUUUCCAUCACCCCUCCCCAUUCUCCCUCCUUCUAUCACCCCGCCCCAUUCUCCCGCUUUCCAUUACCCGCCCCAUUCUCCCGCUUUCCAUCACCUCGCCCCAUCUCCCGCUUUCCAUCACCCCGCCCUAUUCUUCUGCUUUCCAUCACCCUGCCCCAUUCUCCUGCUUUGCAUCAAACCCGCCCCAUUCACCCGCUUUCCAUCACCCGCCCCAUUCUUCUGCUUUCCAUCACCCCGCCCCAUUCUCCCACUUUCCAUCACCCCGCCCCAUUCUCCCGCUUUUCAUCACCCCGCCCCAUUCACCCGCUUCCCAACACCCCGCCCCAUUCUCCCCCUUUCCAUCACCCCGCUCCAUUCUCCCGCUUUCCAUCACUCCGCCCCAUUCUCUCGCUUUCCAUCACCCCGCCCCAUUCUCCUGCUUUUCAUCACCCCGCCCCAUUCUCCCUCCUUCCAUCACUCCGCCUCAUUAUCCCUACUUCCAUCACCCCGCCCCAUUCUCCCGCUUUCCAUCACCCCGCCCCAUUCUCCCGCUUUCCAUCUCCCCGCCCCAUUCUCCCUCCUUCCAUCACCCCGCCUCAUUCUACCUCCUUCCAUCACCCCGCCCCAUGCUCCCGCUUUCCAUCACCCCGCCCCAUUCUCCCGCUUUCCAUCACCCCGCCCCAUUCUCCCUCCUUCCAUCACCCCGCCCCAUUCUGCCGCUUUCCAUCACUCCGCUCCAUUCUCCCGCUUUCCAUCACUGCGCCCCAUUCUCCCGCUUUCCAUCACCCCGCCCCAUUCUCCCGCUUUCCAUCACCCCGCCCCAUUCUCCCUCCUUCCAUCACCCCGCCCCAUUCUCCCGCUUUCCAUCACCCCGCCCCAUUCUCCCUCCUUCCAUCACCCCGCCCCAUUCUCCCGCUUUCCAUCACCCCGCGCUAUUCUCCCUCCUUCCAUCACCCUGCCCCAUUCUCCCGCUUUCCAUCACCCCGCCCCAUUCUCCCGCUUCCCAUAACCCCACCUCAUUCUCCCGCUUUCCAUCACCCCGCCACAUUCUCCCGCUUUCCAUCACCCCGCCCCAUUCUCCUUCCUUCCAUCACCCCGCCCCAUUCUCCCGCUUUCCAUCAGCCCGCCCCUUUCUCCCGCUUUCCAUCUCCCUGCCCCAUUCUCCCGCUUUCCAUCAUCCCGCCCCAUUCUCCCGCUUUCCAUCACCCCGCCCCAUUCUCCCGCUUCCCAUCAUCCCGCCCCAUUCCCCCGCUUUCCAUCACCCCUCCCCAUUCUCCCUCCUUCUAUCACCCCGCCCCAUUCUCCCGCUUUCCAUUACCCGCCCCAUUCUCCCGCUUUCCAUCACCUCGCCCCAUCUCCCGCUUUCCAUCACCCCGCCCUAUUCUUCUGCUUUCCAUCACCCCGCCCCAUUCUCCUGCUUUGCAUCAAACCCGCCCCAUUCACCCGCUUUCCAUCACCCGCCCCAUUCUCCUGCUUUCCAUCACCCCGCCCCAUUCUCCCACUUUCCAUCACCCCGCCCCAUUCUCCCGCUUUUCAUCACCCCGCCCCAUUCACCCGCUUCCCAACACCCCGCCCCAUUCUCCCGCUUUCCAUCACCCCGCUCCAUUCUCCCGCUUUCCAUCACUCCGCCCCAUUCUCCCGCUUUCCAUCACCCCGCCCCAUUCUCCUGCUUUUCAUCACCCCGCCCCAUUCUCCCUCCUUCCAUCACUCCGCCUCAUUAUCCCUCCUUCCAUCACCCCGCCCCAUUCUCCCGCUUUCCAUCACCCCGCCCCAUUCUCCCGCUUUCCAUCACCCAGCCCCAUUCUCCCACUUUCCAUCACCCCGCCUUAUUUUCCCGCUUUCUAUCACCCCGCCCCAUUCUCACGCUUUCCAUCACCAUGCCCCAAUCUCCCUCCUUCCAUCACCCCGACCCAUUCUCCCGCUUGCCAUCACCCCGCCCCAUUCUCCCGCUUUCCAUCAGCCCUCCCCAUUCUCCCGCUUUCCAUCACCCCGCCCCAUUCUCUCUCUUUUCAUCACCCCACCCCAUUCUCCCGCUUUCCAUCACCCCGCCCCCUUCUCCCUCCUUCCAUCACCCCGCCCCAUUCUCCCUCCUUCCAUCACCCCGCCCCAUUCUCCCACUUUCUAUCAGCCCGCCCCAUUCUCCCGCUUUCCAUCACCCCGCCCCUUUCUCCCGCUUUGCAUCUCCCCGCCCCAUUCUCCCGCUUUCCAUCACCCCGCCCCAUUCUCCCGCUUUCCAUCACCCCGCCCCAUUCUCCCACUUUCCAUCACCCCGCCCCAUUCUCCCUCCUUCCAUCACCCCGCCUCAUUCUACCUCCUUCCAUCACCCCGCCCCAUGCUCCCGCUUUCCAUCACCCCGCCCCAUUCUCCCGCUUUUCAUCACCCCGCCCCAUUCUCCCGCUUUCCAUCACCCCGCCCCAUUCUCCCGCUUUCCAUCACCCCGCCCCAUUCUCCCUCCUUCCAUCACCCCGCCCCAUUCUCCCGCUUUCCAUCACCCCGCCCCAUGCUCCCGCUUUCCAUCACCCCGCCCCAUUCUCCCAUCACCCCGCCCCAUUCACCCGCUUUCCAUCACCCGCCCCAUUCUCCCGCUUUCCAUCACCCCGCCCCAUUCUCCCGCUUUCCAUCACCCCGCCCCAUUCUCCCGCUUUCCAUCACCCCGCCCCAUUCUCCCGCUUUCCAUCACCCAGCCCCAUUCUCCCACUUUCCAUCACCCCGCCCCAUUUCCCCGCUUUCUAUCACCUUGCCCCAUUCUCACGCUUUCCAUCACCCUGCCCCAAUCUCCCGCUUUCCAUCACCCCGCCCCAUUCUCCCUCCUUCCAUCACCCCGCCCCAUUCUCCCGCUUUCCAUCACCCCGCCCCAUUCUCCCGCUUUCCAUAACCCCGCCCCAUUCUCCCUCCUUCCAUCACCCGCCCCCCCACCCCAUUCUCCCGCUUUCCAUCACCCCGCCCCAUUCUCCCGCUUUCCAUCACCCCGCCCCAUUCUCCCGCUUUCCAUCACCCCGCCCCAUUCUCCCGCUUUCCAUCACCCUGCCCCAUUCUCCCGCUUUCCAUCACCCCGCCCCAUUCUCCCGCUUUCCAUCACCCCGCCCCAUUCUCCCGCUUUUCAUCUCCCCGCCCCAUUCUCCCUCCUUCCAUCACCCCGCCUCAUUCUACGUCCUUCCAUCACCCCGCCCCAUGCUCCCGCUUUCCAUCACCCCGCCCCAUUCUCCCGCUUUCCAUCACCCCGCCCCAUUCUCCCUCUUUCCAUCACCCCGCCCCAUUCUGCCGCUUUCCAUCACUCCGCCCCAUUCUCCCGCUUUCCAUCACCGUGCCCCAUUCUCCCGCUUUCCAUCACCCCGCCCCAUUCUCCCGCUUUCCAUCACCCCGCCCCAUUCUCCCUCCUUCCAUCACCCCGCCCCAUUCUCCUGCUUUCCAUCACCCCGCCCCAUUCUCCCUCCUUCCAUCACCCCGCCCCAUUCUCCCGCUUUCCAUCACCCCGCGCUAUUCUCCCUCCUUCCAUCACCCCGCCCCAUUUUCCAGCUUUCCAUCACCCCGCCCCAUUCUCCCGCUUCCCAUAACCCCACCUCAUUCUCCCGCUUUCCAUCACCCCGCCACAUUCUCCCGCUUCCAUCACCCCGCCCCAUUCUCCUUCCUUCCAUCACCCCGCCCCAUUCUCCCGCUUUCCAUCACCCCACCCCAUUCUCCCGCUUCCCAUCAUCCCGCCCCAUUUCCCCGCUUUCCAUCACCCCUCCCCAUUCUCCCUCCUUCUAUCACCCCGCCCCAUUCUCCCGCUUUCCAUUACCCGCCCCAUUCUCCCGCUUUCCAUCACCUCGCCCCAUCUCCCGCUUUCCAUCACCCCGCCCUAUUCUUCUGCUUUCCAUCACCCCGCCCCAUUCUCCUACUUUCCAUCACCCCCCCCCAUUAACCCGCUUUCCAUCACCCACCCCAUUCUCCUGCUUUCCAUCACCCCGCCCCAUUCUCCCACUUUCUAUCACCCCGCCCCAUUCUCCCGCUUUUCAUCACCCCGCCCCAUUCUCCCGCUUUCCAACACCCCGCCCCAUUCUCCCGCUUUCCAUCACCCCGCUCCAUUCUCCCGCUUUCCAUCAGUCCGCCCCAUUCUCCCGCUUUCCAUCACCCCGCCCCAUUCUCCUGCUUUUCAUCACCCCGCCCCAUUCUCCCUCCUUCCAUCACUCCGCCUCAUUAUCCCUCCUUCCAUCACCCCGCCCCAUUCUCCCGCUUUCCAUCACCCCGCUCCAUUCUCUGCUUUCCAUCACCCAGCCCCAUUCUCCCACUUUCCAUCACCCCGCCUUAUUUUCCCGCUUUCUAUCACCCCGCCCCAUUCUCACGCUUUCCAUCACCAUGCCCCAAUCUCCCUCCUUCCAUCACCCCGCCCCAUUCUCCCGCUUUCCAUCACCCCGCCCCGUUCUCCCGCUUUCCAUAACCCCGCCCCAUUCUCCCUCCUUCCAUCACCCGCCCCAUUCUCCCUCCUUCCAUCACCCCGCCCCAUUCUCCCUCCUUCCAUCACCCCGCCCCAUUCUCCCGCUUUCCAUCAGCCCUCCCCAUUCUCCCGCUUUCCAUCACUCCGCCCCAUUCCCCCGCUUUCCAUCACCCUGCCCCAUUCUCCCGCUUUCGAUCACCCCGCCCCAUUCUACCUCUUUCCAUCACCCCGCCCCAUUCUCCCGCUUUCCAUCACCCCACCCCAUUCUCCCGCUUUCCAUCACCCCGCCCCAUUCUCCCGCUUUCCAUCACCCCGCCCCAUUCUCCCGCUUUCCAUCACCCCGCCCCAUUCUCCCGCUUUCCAUCACCAUGCCCCAAUCUCCCUCCUUCCAUCACCCCGCCCCAUUCUCCCGCUUUCCAUCACCCCGCCCCAUUGUCCCUCCUUCCAUAACCCCGCCUCCCCGCCCCAUUCUCCCGCUUUCCAUCACCCCACCCCUUUCUCCCGCUUUCCAUCACCCCGCCCCAUUCUCCCGCUUUCCAUCACCCCGCCCCAUUCUCCCUCCUUCCAUCACCCCGCCCCAUUCUCCUGCUUUCCAUCACCCCGCCCCAUUCUCCCUCCUUCCAUCACCCCGCCCCAUUCUCCCGCUUUCCAUCACCCCGCGCUAUUCUCCCUCCUUCCAUCACCCCGCCCUAUUUUCCAGCUUUCCAUCACCCCGCCCCAUUCUCCCGCUUCCCAUAACCCCACCUCAUUCUCCCGCUUUCCAUCACCCCGCCACAUUCUCCCGCUUUCCAUCACCCCGCCCCAUUCUCCUUCCUUCCAUCACCCCGCCCCAUUCUCCCGCUUUCCAUCACCCCGCCCCAUUCUCCCGCUUUCCAUCAGGCCGCCCCUUUCUCCCUCCUUCCAUCACCCCGCCCCAUUCUCCCUCCUUCCAUCACCCAGCCCCAUUCUCCCGCUUUCCAUCAGCCCGCCCCUUUCUCCCGCUUUCCAUCUCCCUGCCCCAUUCUCCUGCUUUCCGUCAACCCGCCCCAUUCUCCCGCUUUCCUUCACCCCACCCCAUUCUCCCGCUUCCCAUCAUCCCGCCCCAUUUCCCCGCUUUCCAUCACCCCUCCCCAUUCUCCCUCCUUCUAUCACCCCGCCCCAUUCUCCCGCUUUCCAUUACCCGCCCCAUUCUCUCGCUUUCCAUCACCUCGCCCCAUCUCCCGCUUUCCAUCACCCCGCCCUAUUCUUCUGCUUUCCAUCACCCCGCCCCAUUCUCCUACUUUCCAUCACCCCCCCCCAUUAACCCGCUUUCCAUCACCCACCCCAUUCUCCUGCUUUCCAUCACCCCGCCCCAUUCUCCCACUUUCUAUCACCCCGCCCCAUUCUCCCGCUUUUCAUCACCCCGCCCCAUUCUCCCGCUUUCCAACACCCCGCCCCAUUCUCCCGCUUUCCAUCACCCCGCUCCAUUCUCCCGCUUUCCAUCAGUCCGCCCCAUUCUCCCGCUUUCCAUCACCCCGCCCCAUUCUCCUGCUUUUCAUCACCCCGCCCCAUUCUCCCUCCUUCCAUCACUCCGCCUCAUUAUCCCUCCUUCCAUCACCCCGCCCCAUUCUCCCGCUUUCCAUCACCCCGCUCCAUUCUCUGCUUUCCAUCACCCAGCCCCAUUCUCCCACUUUCCAUCACCCCGCCUUAUUUUCCCGCUUUCUAUCACCCCGCCCCAUUCUCACGCUUUCCAUCACCAUGCCCCAAUCUCCCUCCUUCCAUCACCCCGCCCCAUUCUCCCGCUUUCCAUCACCCCGCCCCAUUCUCCCGCUUUCCAUAACCCCGCCCCAUUCUCCCUCCUUCCAUCACCCGCCCCAUUCUCCCUCCUUCCAUCACCCCGCCCCAUUCUCCCUCCUUCCAUCACCCCGCCCCAUUCUCCCGCUUUCCAUCAGCCCUCCCCAUUCUCCCGCUUUCCAUCACCCCGCCCCAUUCCCCCGCUUUCCAUCACCCUGCCCUAUUCUCCCGCUUUCGAUCACCCCGCCCCAUUCUCCCUCUUUCCAUCACCCCGCCCCAUUCUCCCGCUUUCCAUCACCCCACCCCAUUCUCCCGCUUUCCAUCACCCCGCCCCAUUCUCCCGCUUUCCAUCACCCCGCCCCAUUCUCCCGCUUUCCAUCACCCCGCCCCAUUCUCCCGCUUUCCAUCACCAUGCCCCAAUCUCCCUCCUUCCAUCACCCCGCCCCAUUCUCCCGCUUUCCAUCACCCCGCCCCAUUGUCCCUCCUUCCAUAACCCCGCCUCGUUCUACCUUCUUCCAUCACCCCGCCCCAUGCUCCCGCUUUCCAUCACCCCGCCCCAUUCUCCCGCUUUCCAUCACACCGCCCCAUUCUCCCGCUUUCCAUCACCCCGCCCCAUUCUCCCGCUUUCCAUCACCCCGCCCCAUUCUCCCAUCACCCCGCCCCAUUCUCCCGCUUUCCAUCACCACGCCCCAUUCUCCCGCUUUCCAUCACUCCGCCCCAUUCUCCCUCUUUCCAUCACCCCGCCCCAUUCUCCUGCUUUCCAUCACCCCGCCCCAUUCUUCUCCUUCCAUCACCCCGCCUCAUUCUACCUCCUUCCAUCACCCCGCCCCAUUCUCCCGCUUUCCAUAACCCCGCCCUAUUCUCCCACUUUCCAUCACCCCGCCCCAUUCUCCCGCUUUCCAUCACCACGCCCCAUUCUCUCGCUUUUCAUCACCCCACCCCAUUCUCCCGCUUUCCAUCACCCCACCCCAUUCUCCCGCAUUCCAUCACCCCGCCCAAAUCUCCCUCCUUCCAUCACCCCGCCCCAUUCUCCCACUUUCCAUCACCCCUCCACAUUCUCCCGCUUUCCAUCACCCCGCCCCAUUCUCUCGCUUUUCAUCACCCCACCCCAUUCUCCCGCUUUCCAUCACCCCGCCCCCUUCUCCCUCCUUCCGUCACCCCGCCCCAUUCUCCCUCCUUCCAUCACCCCGCCCCAUUCUCCCACUUUCUAUCAGCCCGCCCCAUUCUCCCGCUUUCCAUCACCCCACCCCUUUCUCCCGCUUUGCAUCUCCCCGCCCCAUUCUUUCGCUUUCCAUCACCCUGCCCCAUUCUCCCGCUUUCCAUCACCCCGCCCCAUUCUCCCACUUUCCAUCACCCCGCCCCAUUCUCCCUCCUUCCAUCACCCCGCCUCAUUCUACCUCCUUCCAUCACCCCGCCCCAUGCUCCCGCUUUCCAUCACCCCGCCCCAUUCUCCCGCUUUUCAUCACCCCGCCCCAUUCUCCCGCUUUCCAUCACCCCGCCCCAUUCUCCCGCUUUCCAUCAUCCCGCCCCGUUCUCCCUCCUUCCAUCACCCCGCCCCAUUCUCUCGUUUUCCAUCACCCCGCCCCAUGCUCCCGCUUUCCAUCACCCCGCCCCAUUCUCUCGCUUUCCAUCACCACGCCCCAUUCUCCCGCUUUCCAUCACCCCGCCCCAUUCUCCCGCUUUCCAUCACUCCGCCCCAUUCUCCCGCUUUCCAUCACCCCGCCCCAUUCUCCCGCUUUCCAUCACCCCGCCCCAUUCUUCUCCUUCCAUCACCCCGCCUCAUUCUACCUCCUUCCAUCACCCCGCCCCAUUCUCCCGCUUUCCAUCACCCUGCCCAUUCUCCCGCUUUCCAUCACCCCGCCCCAUUCUCCCUCUUUCCAUCACCCCGCCCCUUUCUCCCGCUUUCCAUCACACCACCCCAUUCUCCCGCUUUCCAUCACCACGCCCCAUUUUCCCUCUUUCCAUCACCCCGCCCCAUUCUCCCGCUUUCCAUCACCCCGCCCAAUUCUCCCGCUUUCCAUCACCCCUGCUCCAUUCUCCCGCAUUCCAUCACCCCGCCUAAUUCUCCCUCUCUCCAUCACCCCUCCCCAUUCUCCCUCUUUCCAUCACCCCGCCACAUUCUCCCGCUUUCCAUCACCGCGCCUCAUUAUCCCUCUUUCCAUCACCCCGCCCCAUUCUCCCACUUUCCAUCACACCGCCCCAUUCUCCCUCUAUCCAUCACCCCGCCCUAUUCUCCAGCUUUCCAUCACACCGCCCCAUUCUCCCGCUUUCCAUCACCCCUCCCCAUUCUCCCGCUUUCCAUCACCCCGCCCCAUUCUCCCGCUUUCCAUCACCCCGCCCCAUUCUCCCUCUUUCCAUCACCCCGCCCUAUUCUCCCUCUUUCCAUCACCCCGCUCCAUUCUCCCGCUUUCUAUCACCCCGCCCCAUUCUCUCGCUUUCCAUCACCCCACCCCAUUCUCCCGCUUUCCAUCACCCCGCUCCGUUCUCCCGCUUUCCAUCACCCCGCCCAGUUCUCCCUCUUUCCAUCACCCCUCCCCAUUAUCCCUCUUUCCAUCACCCCGCCCCCUUCUCCCUCUUUCCAUCACCCCGCCCCAUUCUCCCGCUUUCCAUCACCCCGCCCCAUUCUCCCUCUUUCCAUCACCCCGCCCCAUUCUCCCGCUUUCCAUCACCCCGCCCCAUUCUCCUGCUUUCCAUCACCCCGCCCCAUUCUUCCGCUUUCCAUCACCCCGCCCCAUUCUCCCUCUUUCCAUCUCCCCGCCCCAUUCUCCCUUUCUCCAUCACCCCGCCACAUUCUCCCGCUUUCCAUCAUCCCGCCCCAUUCUCCCGCUUUCAAUCACCCCGCCCCAUUCUUCCGCUUUCCAUCACCCCGCCCCAUUCUCCCUCUUUCCAUCAGCCCGCCCCAUUCUCCCUCUUUCCAUCACCUCGCCCCAUUCUCCCGCUUUCAUCACCCCGCCCCAUUCUCCCGCUAUUUCAUCACCCCGCCCCAUUCUCCCGCUUUCCAUCACCCCGCCCCGUUCUCCCUCUUUCCAUCACCCCGCCCUAUUCUCCCUCUUUCCAUCACCCCGCUCCAUUCUCCCGCUUUCCAUCACCCCGCCCAGUUCUCCCUCUUUCCAUCACCCCUCCCCAUUAUCCCUCUUUCCAUCACCCCGCCCCCUUCUCCCUCUUUCCAUCACCCCGCCCCAUUAUCCCGCUUUCCAUCACCCCGCCCCAUUCUCCCGCUUUCCAUCACCCCGCCCCAUUCUCCCGCUUUCCAUCACCCCGCCCCAUUCUUCCGCUUUCCAUCACCCCGCCCCAUUCUCCCUCUUUCCAUCUCCCCGCCCCAUUCUCCCUCUCUCCAUCACCCCACCCCAUUCUCCCGCUUUCCAUCAUCCCGCCCCAUUCUCCCGCUUUCAAUCACCCUGCCCCAUUCUUCCGCUUUCCAUCACCCCGCCCCAUUCUCCCUCUUUCCAUCAGCCCGCCCCAUUCUCCCUCUUUCCAUCACCUCGCCCCAUUCUCCCGCUUUCCAUCACCCCGCCCCAUUCUCCCGCUAUUUCAUCACCCCGCCCCAUUCUCCCUCUUUCCAUAACCCCGCCCUAUUCUCCCUCUUUCCAUCACCCCGCAACAUUCUCCCUCUUUUCAUCACCCCACCCCAUUCUCCCGCUUUCCAUCACCACGCCCCAUUUUCCCUCUUUCCAUCACCCCGCCCCAUUCUCCCGCUUUCCAUCACCCCGCCCAAUUCUCCCCCUUUCCAUCACCCCGCUCCAUUCUCCCGCAUUCCAUCACCCCGCCUAAUUCUCCCUCUCUCCAUCACCCCUCCCCAUUCUCCCUCUUUCCAUCACCCCGCCACAUUCUCCCACUUUCCAUCACCGCGCCUCAUUAUCCCUCUUUCCAUCACCCCGCCCCAUUCUUCCACUUUCCAUCACACCGCCCCAUUCUCCCUCUAUCCAUCACCCCGCCCUAUUCUCCAGCUUUCCAUCACACCGCCCCAUUCUCCCGCUUUCCAUCACCCCUCCCCAUUCUCCCGCUUUCCAUCACCCCGCCCCAUUCUCCCGCUUUCCAUCACCCCGCCCCAUUCUCCCUCUUUCCAUCACCCCGCCCUAUUCUCCCUCUUUCCAUCACCCCGCUCCAUUCUCCCGCUUUCUAUCACCCCGCCCCAUUCUCCCGCUUUCCAUCACCCCACCCCAUUCUCCCGCUUUCCAUCACCCCGCUCCAUUCUCCCGCUUUCCAUCACCCCGCCCAGUUCUCCCUCUUUCCAUCACCCCUCCCCAUUAUCCCUCUUUCCAUCACCCCGCCCCCUUCUCCCUCUUUCCAUCACCCCGCCCCAUUCUCCCUCUUUCCAUCACCCCGCCCCAUUCUCCCUCUUUCCAUCACCCCGCCCCAUUCUCCCGCUUUCCAUCACCCCGCCCCAUUCUCCCGCUUUCCAUCACCCCGCCCCAUUCUUCCGCUUUCCAUCACCCCGCCCCAUUCUCCCUCUUUCCGUCUCCCCUUCUCCCUCUCUCCAUCACCCCGCCCCAUUCUCCCGCUUUCCAUCAUCCUGCCCCAUUCUCCCGCUUUCAAUCACCCCGCCCCAUUCUUCCGCUUUCCAUCACCCCGCCCCAUUCUCCCUCUUUCCAUCAGCCCGCCCGAUUCUCCCUCUUUCCAUCACCUCGCCCCAUUCUCCCGCUUUCCAUCACCCCGCCCCAUUCUCCCGCUAUUUCAUCACCCCGCCCCAUUCUCCCGCUUUCCAUCACCCCGCCCCAGUUCUCCCUCUUUCCAUCACCCCGCCCUAUUCUCCCUCUUUCCAUCACCCCGCUCCAUUCUCCCGCUUUCUAUCACCCCGCCCCAUUCUCCCGCUUUCCAUCACCCCACCCCAUUCUCCCGCCUUCCAUCACCCCGCUCCAUUCUCCCGCUUUCCAUCACCCCGCCCAGUUCUCCCUCUUUCCAUCACCCCUCCCCAUUAUCCCUCUUUCCAUCACCCCGCCCCCUUCUCCCUCUUUCCAUCACCCCGCCCCAUUAUCCCGCUUUCCAUCACCCCGCCCCAUUCUCCCUCUUUCCAUCACCCCGCCCCAUUCUCCCGCUUUCCAUCACCCCGCCCCAUUCUCCCGCUUUCCAUCACCCCGCCCCAUUCUUCCGCUUUCCAUCACCCCGCCCCAUUCUCCCUCUUUCCGUCUCCCCGCCCCAUUCUCCCUCUCUCCAUCACCCCACCCCAUUCUCCCGCUUUCCAUCAUCCCGCCCCAUUCUCCCGCUUUCAAUCACCCCGCCCCAUUCUUCCGCUUUCCAUCACCCCGCCCCAUUCUCCCUCUUUCCAUCAGCCCGCCCCAUUCUCCCUCUUUCCAUCACCUCGCCCCAUUCUCCCGCUUUCCAUCACCCCGCCCCAUUCUCCCGCUAUUUCAUCACCCCGCCCCAUUCUCCCUCUUUCCAUAACCCCGCCCUAUUCUCCCUCUUUCCAUCACCCCGCAACAUUCUCCCUCUUUUCAUCACCCCACCCCAUUCUCCCGCUUUCCAUCACCCCGCCCCAUUCUCCCGCUUUCCAUCACCCCUCCCCAUUCUCCCUCUUUCCAUCACCCCGCCCCAUUCUCCCUCUUUCCAUCACCCCGCCCCAUUCUCCCUCUUUCCAUCACCCCGCCCCAUUCUCCCUCUUUCCAUCACCCCGCCCCAUUCUCCCGCUUUCCAUCACCCCGCCCCAUUCUCCCGCUUUCCAUCACCCCGCCCCAUUCUUCCGCUUUCCAUCACCCCGCCCCAUUCUCCCUCUUUCCGUCUCCCCUUCUCCCUCUCUCCAUCACCCCGCCCCAUUCUCCCGCUUUCCAUCAUCCCGCCCCAUUCUCCCGCUUUCAAUCACCCCGCCCCAUUCUUCCGCUUUCCAUCACCCCGCCCCAUUCUCCCUCUUUCCAUCAGCCCGCCCCAUUCUCCCUCUUUCCAUCACACUCGCCCCAUUCUCCCGCUUUCCAUCACCCCGCCCCAUUCUCCCGCUAUUUCAUCACCCCGCCCCAUUCUCCCGCUUUCCAUCACCCCGCCCCAUUCUCCCUCUUUCCAUCACCCCGCCCUAUUCUCCCUCUUUCCAUCACCCCGCUCCAUUCUCCCGCUUUCUAUCACCCCGCCCCAUUCUCCCGCUUUCCAUCACCCCACCCCAUUCUCCCGCCUUCCAUCACCCCGCUCCAUUCUCCCGCUUUCCAUCACCCCGCCCAGUUCUCCCUCUUUCCAUCACCCCUCCCCAUUAUCCCUCUUUCCAUCACCCCGCCCCCUUCUCCCUCUUUCCAUCACCCCGCCCCAUUAUCCCGCUUUCCAUCACCCCGCCCCAUUCUCCCUCUUUCCAUCACCCCGCCCCAUUCUCCCGCUUUCCAUCACCCCGCCCCAUUCUCCCGCUUUCCAUCACCCCGCCCCAUUCUUCCGCUUUCCAUCACCCCGCCCCAUUCUCCCUCUUUCCGUCUCCCCGCCCCAUUCUCCCUCUCUCCAUCACCCCACCCCAUUCUCCCGCUUUCCAUCAUCCCGCCCCAUUCUCCCGCUUUCAAUCACCCCGCCCCAUUCUUCCGCUUUCCAUCACCCCGCCCCAUUCUCCCUCUUUCCAUCAGCCCGCCCCAUUCUCCCUCUUUCCAUCACCUCGCCCCAUUCUCCCGCUUUCCAUCACCCCGCCCCAUUCUCCCGCUAUUUCAUCACCCCGCCCCAUUCUCCCUCUUUCCAUAACCCCGCCCUAUUCUCCCUCUUUCCAUCACCCCGCAACAUUCUCCCUCUUUUCAUCACCCCACCCCAUUCUCCCGCUUUCCAUCACCCCGCCCCAUUCUCCCGCUUUCCAUCAACCCGCCUCAUUCUCCCGCUUUCCAUCACCCCACCCCAUUCUCCCGCUUUCCAUCACCCCACCCCAUUCUCCCGCUUUCCAUCACCCCCCCCUAUUCUCCCUCUUUCCAUCAACCUGCCCCAUUCUCCCGCUUUCCAUCACCGUCCUAUUCUCCUUCUUUCCAUCACCCCACCCAAUUCUCCCGCUUUCCAUCACCCCGCCCCAUUCUCCCUCUUUCCAUCACCCCGCCCCAUUCUCCCGCUUUCCACCACCCCGCUCCAUUCUCCCGCUUUCCAUCACCCCGCCCAUUUCUCCCUCUUUCCAUCACCCCUCCCCAUUCUCCCUCUUUCCAUCACCCCGCCACAUUCUCCCGCUUUCCAUCACCGCGCCUCAUAAUCCCUCUUUCCAUUACCCCGCCCCAUUCUCCCUCUUUCCAUCACACCGCCCCAUUCUCCCUCUAUCCACCACCCCGCCCUAUUCUCCCUCUUUCCAUCACCCUGCCCCAUUCUCCCGCUUUCUAUCACCCCGCCCCAUUUUCCCGCUUUCCAUCACCCCUCCCCAUUCUCCCGCUAUCGAUCACCCCGCCCCAUUCUCCCGCUUUCCAUCACCCCGCCCCAUUCUCCAUCUUUCCAUCACCCCGCCCUAUUCUCCCUCUUUCCAUCACCCCGCCCCAUUCUCCCACUUUCCAUCACCCGACCUGGACAUGGACGUGGAUGUGGACGUGGACGUGGACGUGGACGUGGACGUAGAAAUGGACGUGGACGUGGACGUGGAUGUGGACGUAAAAAUGGACGUGGACGUGGACGUGGACGUGGACGUGGACGUGGAUGUGGACGUGGACAUGGACGUGGACGUGGACGUGGAUGUGGACGUGAACGUGGACGUGGACGUGGACGUGGACCUGGACGUAGACGUGGACGUGGACGUGGACCUGGACCUGGACGUUGACAUGGACGUGGACGUGGACGUGGAUGUGGACGUGGACGUGGACGUGGACCUGGACGUGGACGUGGACGUGGACGUGGACCUGGACGUUGACGUGGACGUGGAGGACAUGGACGACGUGGACGUGGACGAGGAGGACGUGGACGUGGACGUGGACGUGGACGUGGACGAGGACGAGGACGUGGACGUGGACGUGGACGUGGACGUGGACGUGGACGUGGAGGACAUGGACGUGGACGUGGACGUGGACGUGGACGUAGAACUGGACGUGGACGUGGACGUGGACGUGGACGUGGACGUUGACGUGGACGUGGACGUGGACGUGGACGUGGACGUGGACGUGGACGUGGACCUGGACGUUGACGUGGACGUGGACGUGGACGUGGAGGACAUGGACGUGGACGUGGACGUGGACGUGGACGUUGACGUGGACGUAGAAAUGGACGUAGACGUGGACGUGGACGUGCACGUGGACGUGGAGGUGGACGUGGACAUGGAGGACAUGGACGUGGACGUGGACGUGGACGUGGACGAGGACGAUGACGUGGACGUGGACGUGGACGAGGACGUGGACGUGGACGUGGACGUGGACGUACAAAUGGACGUGGACGUGGACGUGGAGGACAUGGACGUGGACGUGGACGUGGACGUGGACGAGGACGAGGACGAGUACGUGGACGUGGACGUGGACAUGGACAUGGACAUGGACGUGGACGUGGACAUGGACGUGGACGUGGACGUGGACGUGGACGUGGACGUGGACAUGGACGUGGACGUGGACGUGGACUCGACGUGGACGGACGUAGACGUGGACGUGGACAUGGACAUGGACGUGGACGUGGACGUGGACAUAGAAAUGGACGUGGACGUGGACGUGGACGUCGGCGUGCACGUGCUCGUGGACAUGGACGUGGACGUGGACGUGGACGUGGUCAUGGACGUGGACGUGGACAUGGACGUGGACGUGGUCGUGGACGUGGACGUGGACGUGGAGGACGUGGACGUGGAGGACAUCGACGUGGAUGUGGAGGACGUGGACGUGGACGUGGAGGACGAGGACGUGGACGUGGACGUGGACGUGGACAUGGAUGUGGACGUGGACAUGGACGUGGACGUGGACAUGGACGUGGAGGACAUGGACGUUGACGUGGACGUGGACGUGGACGUUGACGUGGACGUGGAACUGGACGUAGAUGUGGACGUAGAACUGGACGUGGACGUGGACGUGGACGUGGACGUGGAGGACAUGGACGUGGACGUGGACAUGGACAUGGACGUGGAUGUGGACGUGGACGUGGACGUGGACGUGGACGUGGACAUGGACGUGGACGUGGACGUGGACGUGGACUUGGACUUGGACGUGGACGUGGAGGUCGACGUGGAUGUCGACGUCGACGUCGACGUGGACGGACAAAUGGACGUGGACGUGGACGUGGACGUCGGCGUGCAUGUGCUCGUGGACAUGGACGUGGACGUGGACGUGGACGUGGACGUGAACGUGGACGUGGACGUGGACGUGGACGUGGACGUGGUCAUGGACGUGGACGUGGACAUGGACGUGGACGUGGUCGUGGACGUGGACGUGGACGUGGAGGACGUGGACGUGGAGGACGUCGACGUAGACGUGGAGGACGUGGACGUGGACGUGGAGGACGAGGACGUGGACGUGGACGUGGACGUGGACGUGGACAUGGACGUGGACGUGGACGUGGACAUGGACGUGGACGUGGACAUGGACGUGGAGGACAUGGACGUGGACGUGGACGUGGACGUGGACGUAGAUGUGGACGUAGAACUGGACGUGGACGUGGACGUGGACGUGGACGUGGACGUGGAGGACAUGGACGUGGACGAGGACGUGGACGUGGACGUGGACAUGGACAUGGACGUGGACUGUGGACGUGGACGUGGACGUGGAUACGUGGACGUGGACGUGGACAUGGACAUGGUCGUGGACGUGGACGUAGAAAUGGACGUGGACGUGGACGUGGACGUUGGCGUGCACGUGCUCGUGGACAUGGACGUGGACGUGGACGUGGACAUGGACGUGGACGUGGACGUGAACGUGGACGUGGACGUGGACGUGGACGUGGUCCUGGACGUGGACGUGGACAUGGACGUGGACGUGGUCAUGGACGUGGACGUGGACGUGGAGGACGUGGACGUGGAGGACGUGGACGUGGUCGUGGACGUGGACAUGGACGUGGACGUGGACGUGGAGGACGUCGACGUGGACGUGGAGGACGUGGACGUGGACGUGGAGGACGAGGACGUGGACGUGGACGUGGACAUGGACAUGGACGUGGACGUGGACGUGGACAUGGACGUGGACGUGGACAUGGACAUGGAGGACAUGGACGUGGACGUGGACGUGGACGUGGACGUGGACGUAGACGUGGACGUAGAACUGGACGUGGACGUGGACGUGGACAUGGACGUGGACGUGGACGUGGACGUGGACGUGGACGUGGAGGACAUGGACGUGGACGUGGACGUGGACGUGGACGUAGAACUGGACGUGGACGUGGACGUGGACGUGGACGUGGACGUGGACCUGGACCUGGACGUUGACGUGGACGUGGACGUGGACGUGGACGUGGACCUGGACGUGGACGUGGACGUGGACCUGGACGUUGACGUUGACGUGGAGGACAUGGACGUGGACGUGGACGUGGACCUGGACGUGGACGUGGACGUGGACGUGGACAUGGAUGUAGACGUGGACGUGGAGGUGGACGUGGACGUGGACGAGGACGAGGACGUGGACGAGGAGGACAUGGACGUGGACGUGGACGUGGACGUGGACGUGGACGAGGACGAGGACGUGGACAUGGACGUGGACGUGGACGUGGACGUGGACGUGGACUAG